GAAUUAGUGACAACCAUGAAUCGGGUGAGGAAGGUUCUUGGUCCUCUGGUUGUUCUUCUAGGAGCUAACCUCUGGCUUUCAAAGGGAGCUAACAGCAAGAAUACUGUUCGGUAUUAUGUCAACAGUCCUGUCUGCAAAAUGCCCUACGUGAAUCCCUUCACUUGGGAUACCAUGUCAGACUUUCACCGGAAAAAGAUGAGGGAGUGCCGGAAUGACAGUGACUUGGUGACCAGCCAGUUCGACUUCAACACCCACCAGUACCGACUGCACAUUCACGAGCAUCUGGCCAGACCGCUCCUGAAGACCAAGGGGCACGCCACUCUGGAGUGCGAAUAUUCAAAUAUAUCCCGUAACCCUUCAGCCAAAUAUCCGGACGACUACUACAUACAAUCCAAAAUGCAUCGCAUAACUAACCACGAAGUGGUGCCUAACAACACGGACUACAUAAUCACCAAGUGCUACGUGAGGAGCAGCAACCAUACGCGGAAAAUAGUCCAGUCAGACUCCAUGUCCUUCAUACAGGAUCCUCUGACCAACAAGAAGGUGAGGGAUUUUGAGCGAAAGCAAAGGACUGACCCCCAUCCCAGUGUCCUGAUCAUGGGUCUGGACUCCACUUCGAGGAUAAAUCUCCGACGAGCCAUGCCCCUGGUGUAUGAGUAUGUGAAGCGGCCAGGAUGGUUCGAAAUGCAAGGAUACAAUAAAAUCGGAGACAACACAUUCCCAAAUCUGAUGGCCGUGCUGACAGGACACUCGGAGGCAGGAGUGGAGGAUCUCUGCGAUGUCCGGGAGAAGGGCUGCCUGGACUCACUGCCCUUCAUCUGGAAGCGGUUCAAGGAAGCCAACUACACCACGGCCUUUGCCGAGGACUGCAAGUCGAUCAGCACCUUCAACUACCUAAAGCCGGGAUUCGUGAAGAAACCAACGGACUACUACCUCCGCCCGCUGCUCCUGGCCAGCGAGGAGCAGUUUCCCGUGUCCAAGGACUGGGGCUAUGCCUACUGCGUCGGCAGGCACUUGAGCUUCCGCUAUGUCUGGGACUUUGGGCAGCAGUUGGUCGAUCGGUUUUUGGGCCGAUCGCCCUUUUUUGGAUUCCUGUGGAGCAACAGUUUCACCCACGACUACUACGAGGGUGCCACUGCCCUGGACAAGCUCUUCCGGCGAUAUCUGAAGUCCUUCCAGGACAUCGGCCUCUUCAAGCGCUCCAUUGUCAUCCUGAUGAGCGAUCACGGCCAUCGGUACAAUACCCUGCGCCGGGCGGCCUCCGGCUACUUCGAGGAGCGCAUGCCCAUGAUGUUCAUCUAUGUGCCGCCGUGGUUCAGGAGGAAGUACCCGCAAUUCGUCGCAAAUCUGAAGAAGAAUCGCAAUCGCUUGACCUCCAACUACGACGUCCACAUGACCCUCCACCACCUGCUGCAGUUGCCCAGCAAGUCGAUGGCUGACUUCCCGGCCAAGUACAGGGCCAAGCAGUGCCCGGGCUGCCAGUCCCUGUUCUUCGAAGUUCCCUUCAAUCGCACCUGUGCCAUGGCCGGGAUCGAGGAGAAGUGGUGCUGCUGCCAGCCCUCGGAAACCAUCACCUCCCCACUUGUGGAACCUAUUGUCUAUGCCAUAGUCGAGAGGAUGAACCACCACUUGGUGGAGCGAAAGUUCGAUACUUUGUGUCACAACUACACUCUUAAGCAGAUCGUCAAAGUGGACCGGAAAUCGAUUCUGGCCACGGGUCUGAAGCCAGUGGACAAGGACGAGUAUGUCUACAUAGUCCAGUUCAAGACGCGACCUAACCUUCCGGAAUUCGAGGCCACUGUCCGCUGGAACAAUCGCACCAACUCCCUGCUAGGCAUGGACGUGGAUGACAUCAGUCGCUUGAACUCCUACAACAAGGAUGCCAACUGCAUGAACGACAAGACGGCCAAGAAGUAUUGUAUUUGCAAGGAUAGCAUUAGAGAGUCAAAAGAUAGUCAGGAGAACUCCGGAUAAACUACCAAAGACAUAUUAUAUAUCACUCCAUAAAAUUUCCCUUCCCUUUCCAAGACUAUCCAUCAAUGAAGUAACCCACAUCCGUCAAUCACUCGUAAUGAACACAAAUAUGAGUAAUUUUUUAAAUCCCAGAGGGAUUUGCUGGAGGCCCAGUAGCCUCCUACCCCAACUUUCAGUGAAAGCCCUAGAGUGAUGGGUAGCCAGAGGAGUGGGCUUAUUUUAACGACCCACUACACACUGAGUAAUUCCAUUGAUAUAAUUGAUUGAUAAGCCAGAACUUUCCCCCUCUACUCGAGGGAAGCACCUUUUGGGUCUGACCUUUGCCACCUAUCGUCCCACAACUAUUGGUAGAAAAAAAAAAUAAAAUAGAACAGACAGUG